AUGGCAUCUUCUGACCGGCGCCUCCGGUCGAGGGUGUCUGACUUCGAGCUGCUGAUCGCGGGCGUGCCAGCAGUGCUCGAGAGCCUGCCGGCCGAGUCGCAGCGGGCGGUCGCGGCCACCUCGUGGGCGUCGCUGCUGGCAGUCCUCGACACGACACCCUUCGAGCUGAACUUUGACGUGGCGCGAGCGUGGCGGCGGGGCGGGCUGCUGCGCGGGCUGGCGCAGCGCCUGGAGCGGCGGAGCGUGCCGAUGGCGGGGAGCUUGCACAUCGACUGCGCGCAUGACGGCGGCACGGUGUGUUCCAAGUUUGCUGCCGACGACGCGCGGGCGAUCGUCGCCGGCGGGCGCUUGGAGCUCGCGGAGCUGCACGGCCUGGAUGAGCUCGUGCGGAGGUCGGAGGAGGCCGGGGCCCCUGUGCGGGUGCGAGGGCUGCGCGACAUGGCAGGUGAUGGAGAGGGACAGGCGCUGGUGGCAUUUCUGGGCAGAUAUCCGUCGAUCCGGGAGCACCUCCGGGAGAUCCAUGAUAUGCCGGACCUCCAUGGCAGCUCUGCAGAUCUGAUGCGUGCUCUGGCGCCCGCGAGCAGCUUGCGGAAGCUGUGGGUGUUUGACAGCGGCCUGACACCGGAAGGCUUGGUCGCGUUCGCGGAGGCCGCGCGGAGCGUGCCGGACCUCCGCUACCUCCGUUUGGACUUGCACCUUGGCCCGGGCGCUGGCGAUCGUAUGUUUCGCGACGUCGACGACACGGCGGGGCUGGUGGCUCUGAUGGGUAUGCUGCGGGACAACACGACGAUCGAGAAGUUCGAGUUCGGGAACCACGGUCGCAUAGGACCGGAGGGGUACGACGCGGUCGGGUCGAUGCUGCGAGGGAACGCAACCCUGCGUAAGCUGGAUCUUGACGCGUGGCAUUCAGGACUCGAGAACGACGACGGCGAACGCUGCGAGGGGCUGGCGGCUGCGCUGGGGGCGGGGCUGGCUGCGAACGAGACGCUGGAGGACCUGUGGCUGUCCGAUAAUGAGGUACGUGGGGAGCAGCUGGGCCGCGGCCUCGCGAAGAACAGGACGUUGAAGACGCUGUUGAUUGACGGGGGGCUUGACGGCGCUGGGCUCGCGGCGCUCGGGGCGGCGAUCGGCGAUGGCAGCGUGCUGGAGAGGCUGAGAGUGUCCGACUGUAGCUUCGGGUCCGUUCCGGCCGGGGGCCACGAUAGCAUGGCAUUGUUCGCAGGGGCGGUGAUGCGACAGUCGUGCCUGGUGGAACUCGACCUCAGCCACACCUCUGGCAUCACAACCGACGCGAUCACAGCUCUCGGGAAGGCGCUCGCGGAAGGGGCGCUGGGGCGGACGCUCAAGGUGCUCGCUCUGGGCCAGUCCGGGAUCGACCCCGAAGACGUGGGCAUCCUGGCGGAGGCGUUGCACGGGAACGAUACGCUGCAGGAGCUCGAGCUGCCUGGAGUUCUCGUCGAGGACGCAGGCACCACGGAGGUUGCUUCGAUGCUCGAGGUCAACUCCACGCUGUUGAAGCUCGACUUGAGCGGCACUGCCAUCGACUGCCUCGGGGCGAGGUCACUCGCGGAAGCCCUCUCGUGCAACAAGACCCUGCGCGUGAUGAGCCUCAGGGCCAAUUACAUUUCACAUAGUGGGGGUGCGGCUCUCGCAGCCGCCCUGUCGAAGGCGGGGGCGGACUCGGCAUUGGAGACUCUGCUGCUCGACAAUCCGGUAGGCCUGUAUGACAAGCCGAUGGGUGACGACACCUUGAAAGCGUUCGUGAGCGCGAAGCGAGCCGGCGCCCCACUCAGGGUGCUGGGCAUCGAGGGCUGGGAAGGUGUCAAGAAGGCCACCGUGCGGUCGCUUGAGGCGUUGGGGUGCCGGCGAGGGAAGCCCCACCUGAACGAGGGGUGA